AUGUCAUCGUUUAUCAUCAGAAGAUCUCGAGGCAGAUCCUUACUUCUCUGGAAAACCCAUGGAUUCAAAAUCACAACUAGUUUCUCUCCCUCCACUGAUUCACUUUCGGCUUCUGGGUUCUCUUCAUUUUUAACUAGAAGCUUCAAAACCACCUCUUUUGGAUUCGUAUCUGGGAAAAUCUCUCAUUUGAAUCAGAAAUUUGGUAACUUCGUCUGUUCUGUGAAUGGUUCCGUUUCCAUGACUCGACGACCAUUGAGCUCUGAGGCUGUAGCUGUGGCCGCGACUUGUGACGGACUUACGGUGGAACGGAUCAUAGCUAAUCAGUGGCCGAUAUUAGACGAGAAUGAGAGUGAUUGGAAGAGCCACGCUGCAGCAAUUGCACAGUCCAUUCAAGUCAUCAAGAGACGAUUGCAGUGGAAGAAACUUUUGGUGAGGCUCAAAGUGUUAUCUGCAGAGCUGAAUAAGCCUGAUCUCUGGGAUGAUCCAGUUCGUGCUGGUAAGAUAAGCCGGGAGCACGGUUCCCUCACGGGGAAAAUGAAAGGAGUUAUGACUUUUGAGAGAGAAUUGCUUGAACACAUUGACAUGUUAAAACUCGCUAAAGAGGAGAACGAUUCAGAGUUAGAAUCGGAAACUUUGAAGGCAUUGAUGGACAUGAGAAGGGUUUCCAAAGAGAAAGAACUUGAGGCUUUAUUAUCUGGGGAGAAUGAUCGUUGUUCUUGUUAUAUCGAGGUUCAAGCUGGAGUUGGAGGAACAGACUGCAACGAUUGGGCAUCAAUGGUAAUGCAAAUGUACAAAGCUUGGGCUCAGCGUCGCAAAUUCUCAGUCACUGUGGUCGAUGAAAUGCCUGCGGAGUUGGCAGGAAUCAAGCGUGCGACAAUCAAAGUGAACGGCGAAUACGCAUAUGGUUAUGCUAAAGCAGAAGUUGGAGUUCAUAGGCUGGUGCGUAUAUCCCCAUUUGCCAGUGGGAAAAAGAGGCACACUUCGUUUGCAGCGGUUGCAGUUAUUCCAAUUCUAGGUGAUGGGUCCACCCGUGUGCAGAUCAACGACUCGGAUCUCCGGAUCGAGCGGUUCCGUUCUGGAGGAGCCGGUGGACAGCAUGCUAACACAACGGACAGUGCUGUGAGAAUCACUCACAUACCAACUAGCAUAACAGCAACUUGUCAGAAUGAAAGGUCGCAGCAUAUGAACAAGGCUUCAGCAAUGGCGGUACUACAAUCACGGUUAGACCAACUUGAGAUGGCUCGUCAGACAGCAAUGAACGCUCAACAUACACAGUCACUUACCGAAAUCAGCUGGGGAAACCAGAUAAGAACUUAUGUUCUCCAGCCAUACAGAAUGGUGAAGGAUUUGAGAACAAACUACGAAGUUUCUGAUCCUGACUCGGUUCUCGAAGGAGACUUAGAUGGUUUCAUCUUGAGCUUCUUAUCUUCUUCUUUGGACAAAGAUGAUACUGAACACUAA